AUGGAACCGCGAGUUGCUGCUGCUGCUGCUGCUGUUGCUGCGGCUGCAGCAGCAGCAGCAGCAGCAGCUGCUGCUGCUGCUGCUGCUGCGGUUUCGUCAUCGAGGCCCCUCAACAAGCAGCAGCAGCAGCAGCAGCAGCAGCAGCAGCAGCAGCAGCAGCAGGAGACAAAUGAAACCUUUGCGGCGGCUGGAGAGAACUGUCUUCUGCGGCGAGUCACAGCAGCGGCAAAAGCGCUCAACAGCCCUCCCGUCGGCAGCAGCAACAGCAGCAGCAGCAACAGCAGCAGCAGCAGCAGCAGCAGCAGCAGCAGCAGCAGCAGCAGCAGGAUGGCAGGAAAUGCCCCGGCGAAGGAUUUGCUGAGCGUUGGCGGCCCCGAAGAGCCUCAAGCCCCCCCGGCCCCAGCAGCAGCGCAUCUGGGCGCCGCUCCCCCCCCACAGCAGCAGCAGCAGCAGCAGCAGCAGCAGCAGCAGCAGCAGCGGGGGCCGGCUGCAGCACGGGCUGCAGCAGCAGCAGCAGCAGCAGCUACGCCAGCAGCUGCAGCAGCAGCAGCAGCGAAGCCCCUCUCCGCGCACAGAGCGCUGCUCUCCUCCCUAGAGCCACGCCGGCAGCAGCAGCAGCAACAGCAGCAACAGCAACUGCAGCAGCAGCAGCAGCAGCAGCAGCAGCAGCAGCAGCAGCAGCUACUGAUGUUGCUGCCUUUCUUGCUUCAGGAAUGCGGCCCUCCGUUGUGCAGGCGCUUUGCCGCCCUGCGGGGGUCUGCCCAUAAGCAGCGUGCUGCUGCUGCUGCUGCUGCUGCUGCUGCUGCCGUUCCUGCUGCUGCUGCUGCUGCUGCUGGUGGGGCGGCUUCUGCGGGCAGAGCUGCUGCUGCUGCUGCUGCCAGGCAGCCCGCACCGCCGCGUGCUGCAGCUGCUGCGCAGCACAACAUUUGGCGACGCCCAGCAGCAGCAGCAGCAACAGCAGCAAAGCAGCAGCAGCUGCAGCAGCAGCCACUCGGGCAAGAUAGUGCGAGGCAGCAAGUCUUGCAUGAGCAGCUUCUGCUGCAGCUGGAUGCACUGCUGCUAGCGGCGAAGCAGCAGCAGCAGCAGCAGCAGCAGCAGCAGCAGCAGAUGGCACCAGAUGUUCUGUCUGUGAGCCAAACUGGUUUGCUGCUGAAGGCCAUCUUGUCGCUGCCGCUUCUUGCUGCUGCUGCUUCCUUCAGGGAGCUGCUGCUGCUGCAGCACCCGCUGCUGCAGCUGGCUGUGCGUUCAGUGUCUGCGAAUUGCGACUCGCUGCGUGCUGCAGCAGCAAAGGAUGCUCUGCUGCUGCUGCUCGUGCUGCCGCCCAAGCAGCAGCAGCAGCAGCAGCAGCAGCAGCAGCAGCAGCAGCCGAGGGUGCGUCAGCAGCGGCUGCUGAUUGCGCGUCUGGUGCGGCGGCUGCUGCUGGUGGGGGUUGAGCUGCAGGAGCAGCAGCAGCAGCAGCUGCUGCUGCUGCCGUUUUUGCUGCUGGCAAAGGACCCUUACUUUGCGCAGCAGGAAGGCUUGUGGCAGCAGCUGCUGCAGCAGCAGGUGGCAGCAGCUGCAAACGGCCCCUUGCUGCUGCAGCCGCAGCAGCAGCAAGAAGCAGCAGUGACGUGGGCCCUGCAGUGCCUCGCCACUGCAGCACGGACUGCCGCCAAGGCCAGCAGCAGCAGCAGCAGCAGCAGCAGCAGCAGCAGCAGCAGCAGCAGCAGCAGCGGGAGAGACAGCUCGUUUGUGUACGAGCUGGUGUGUCGCCACCUGGGAAGCGAGUGGCUGCUGACAGCAAGUGCUGCUGCUGCUGCUGCUGCGCUGCUGCAGCUCUGCCGCUUGGGGGCCCUCGAUGGGGCCCUUUUUGCUGCUGCUGCUGAGGGGCUGCUGGCGAAUGCGCAGCUGCAGCGGGAGGAGCUGCUGCUGCAGCUGCUGCAGCUGAUGGCUGUCUGCAAGACUUAUUUCGACACCCGCGUCAAUCCUGCUGCUGCUGCUGCUGCUGCUGCUGCUGCUGCGGCAGCAGAAGACGCUGCUGCUGCUCCAGGAGGCAGCAGCAGCAGCAGCAGCAGCAGCAGCAGCAGCAGCAAACAGCCGGCGCUGCUGCCCUCCGCAGGCUUGCUGCUGCAGCACCCGCUGUACACAGAGCGCAGCCGUUUGCUGCUGCGGCUGCUGCGGCUGCGGGUGUCUCUGCGUGCAGCAACAGCAGCAGCAGCAGCAGCAGUUGCUGAGGGCUUUGCACUGACUCAUCUGCUGCCAGCUUCUGCUUCCUACAAAAAAGUGCUGCUGCGCCGCUGCUGCAGCGGGCUGCUGCAGGAGCUGCAGCAGCCGCAGCAGUUUGCUGCUGCGCUGCUGCUGCUGAGCCGCCUGGGGAUGGGCCACGGCUCUGCUGCUCGCUUUGCUGCUGCUGCUGCUGCUGCGCGCUUUUUGCCCGCACUGCAGCCGCAGCAGUUUGCUGCGCUGCUGCUGCAGCUCCCCUUCGCAAACACUCUUGCUGCUACUGUUGCUGCCCACAAGGCGGCCAAGUCUGCUGCUGCUGCUGCUGCUGCGCGCCUAGCGUUUGCGGUGCUGCAGCAGCAGCUGAGGCAGCUGCAGCAGCAGCAGCAGCAGCAGACGCUGCUGCUGCCAGUGCUGCCAACCGAAUCCACAGACACCUCGCUUCCGGUCGCAACAGCAGCAGCAACACCAGCAGCAACACCAGCAGCAGCAGCAGCAGCAGCAGCAGCAGCAGAAGGCGAGGAAGCACUUGCUGCUGCUGAUGUCUUGGUGUCUUUGCUGCACAAGAUGCGCCUUGCGGGUUUUUGCCGGUUUGCCCCAGAAGCUGUUGCUGCUUGCUGCGCUGCAGCGGUUGCUGCUGCACCUCCAGCAGCAGCAGCAGCAGCAGCAGCAGCAGCAGCAGCAGGGGGGCUUGCUGCCCUCUCGCUGCCGCAGCUAGCUGUUGUUGCUGAAUGCUUUGCUGCCACCAACAGCAGCUUGCCGCAGCCACUUCUUGCUGCAGUGCUGCAGCGGCUGCGAGCUUCGGGGGGUGCAGCAGCAGCAGCAACAAUUGCUGCUAUGGCUAAAGCUGCUGCUGGAGAAAUUGCUCCUUAUGCCAAGUGCAGCACUCCAUUUGCUGCUGCUGCUUCUGCUGCUGCUGCUGCUGCUGCUGCUGCUGCUGCUGCUGCUGGCGCUGAUUCGGCAGCAGCUUUGGAAGGCCGGGCACUAGUUGUAGCUGGACGCGCAGAAGCAGCAGCAGCAGCAGCAGCAGCAGCAGCAGCAGCUGAAACAGCAGCAACAUCAGCAUCGCCAGCAGCAGCACUGGCCUCCCGUGAGCGGCUGCCCACAGUAGCAGCCACGGCAGCAGCAGCCGCUGCUGCUGCUGCUGCGUCGGCGGGAACUGAUGCUGCAGCAGCAGCAGCUGCUGCUGCUGCAGUUGCUGCCACGGCAAAGGAGCUGCUGCUGCUGCUGCUGCAGCUGGCUGAGCGGACACGGCUGACAGCAACAGAGGCCGUUGGCAUUAUGUGGGCUGCUGCUGCUGCUGGAGAGACUGCAGCAGCAGAAAAGCUGCUGCCGAGAACUACAAAGCUGUGCAUUAGCAGCAGCAGCAGCAGCGACAAACGCAGCAGCAGCAGCAACCGCAGCGGCACCCCUACUUUUAACCGCAGCAGCAGCAGCAGCAGCAGCAGCAGCAGCAGCAGCAGCAGCAGCAUUUAUGCGGUGCUGUGUAUGUGCAGCAUUUCGAAUUGGGCUCUGCUGAGGGGAGACAGAAGCUGCUGCUUGCAGCUCUAUGAGGCUUUGUGUCUUCUUGCUGCUGCAGCACCAGCAGCUGCAGCAGAGGCCCUGGGGGGGCUAGCUGCUGCUAGCAGCAUACCAGAGCUGCAGCAGCAGCAGCAGCAGCAGCAGCAGAUGGCGCAGCUGUCGCCCAUGCAGCAGUUUGAGCAGCAACUACUGCUACAAGAAGAGGCACAGCAGCAGCAGCAACAGCAGCAACAGCAGCAGCAGCAGCAAGAGCAGCAGUUGCUGCUCUCUCCCGUGGCAGCAGCAAUAGAGCACCUCAGCGCAGAUUCUGAUGGCCCAUUUAUGCAGCAACUUGCUGCUGCUCUUGGAACAACGGAAAGCACACUAGCUGCGCAGCCAGCAGCAGCAGCAGCAGCAGCAGAAGCAGCAGCAGCAGCAGCAGCAGCAGCAGACGCAGCAGCAGACGGAGCAGCAACGUGGAGCCUUGAGGGUCCUGAAGAUUUGGUGACACCACUUCCCCUGCUGCAGAGCAUUACGCAACCUGAAGCAGCAGCAGCAGACGGAGCAGCAGCAGGAUCAGCAGCAGCAGCAGCACUUGCUGCAGCAGCAGACGGAGCAGCAGCAGGAUCAACAGCAGCAGAAGCACUUGCUGCAGCAGCAGAGACAGCAGCAGCAGGAGCAGCAGCAGGAACAGCAGCAGCAUCAGCACUUUCCAGGCCUCCAGCAGCAGCAGCAGAAACACCCGUAGAAGCAGCACCUGAAGUCACAGCAACGAUCAAAGCAACAGCAGCAACAGCAGCAACAGCAGCAGCAGCAGCAGCAGCAGCAGCAGCAGCAGCAGCAGCAGCAGAUCCUCGAGAGUUCCUGCUGCUGCGGCGGCCUCUUGAAGGAGGAGAAGAGACACUACAGAAGGCAGCAGAUGCCUCCGUAUUGGCAGAGCUGCAAAUACGUAAGCAGCAGCAGCAGCAGCAGGAGCAGCAGCAGCAGCAGGAGCAGCAGCAGCAGCAGCAGCAGCAGCAGCUAGGGAGAUGCUGCUCUUUCGAAGCGCCAGGAGGCCGACAAGGCGACAU